UGCCCGCGCCUUCGCGAUGCGUCACUUCCGUUGCGGCGCGGGGCAGGUGCCGGAAGUCUCUCCAUAGCGGUGUCGGAGUGCGGUGGUGGUGGUGUUCGGUGCUUGCCGGCGCCAUGGUGGAGGAAGUCCAAAAGCAUUCUGUGCAUACACUUGUGUUCAGAUCUUUGAAGAGGACUCAUGAUAUGUUUGUAGCUGAUAAUGCCAAGCCUAUCCCAUUAGAUGAUGAAAGUCACAAAGUAAAGAUGGCAGUCAAGUUACGUACGGAGUAUGGCUCAGUAUUACACAUGCCUACUCUUAAAGAAAACUUGAGAGAAAAAGGAGGUCCAAACACCGGGGAUCCUUAUGGACACAAACAGUACUCUGGAAAUCAAGGACAAGAACUUGAAUAUUUGAUAACUGGCACACAUCCAUAUCCACCCGGGCCUGGUGUGGCUCUGACAGCAGAUACUAAGGUACAGAGGAUGCCUAGUGAAUCUGCAGCACAGUCCUUAGCUGUGGCACUUCCUGCUUCUCAAUCCAGGUUGGAUGCAAGUCGAACAGCUGCUGGUGUGGGUGAUAUUUACAGACAUGCUGGAAUAUCUGAGCGUUCACAGCCUCCUGGGAUGUCUGUGGCUAUGGUGGAAGCUGGUGGAAACAAAAAUUCAGCAUUAAUGGCAAAGAAGGCUCCAACCAUGCCCAAACCUCAGUGGCAUCCGCCUUGGAAACUGUACAGAGUUAUCAGUGGUCACCUGGGCUGGGUGAGAUGUAUUGCAGUAGAACCAGGAAAUCAGUGGUUUGUUACUGGCUCUGCUGACAGAACCAUAAAGAUCUGGGACCUUGCUAGCGGCAAAUUGAAAUUGUCUUUGACGGGACACAUCAGUACUGUGCGAGGGGUGAUAGUAAGUGCAAGAAGUCCAUACCUCUUUUCUUGUGGAGAAGACAAACAAGUGAAAUGCUGGGAUCUUGAGUACAAUAAGGUUAUUAGGCAUUACCAUGGUCAUCUCAGUGCUGUGUAUGGUUUAGACCUGCAUCCAACAAUAGAUGUACUGGUAACGUGUAGUAGAGAUUCAACAGCACGAAUCUGGGAUGUAAGGACAAAAGCCAGCGUGCACACACUAUCGGGACACACAAAUGCAGUAGCAACAGUGAAGUGCCAGGCUGCAGAACCACAAAUUAUUACAGGCAGUCAUGAUACUACCAUACGGCUCUGGGAUUUAGUGGCAGGAAAAACUCGUGUUACUUUAACAAAUCACAAGAAAUCUGUUAGAGCAGUAGUGCUACACCCAAGACAUUACACAUUUGCGUCUGGUUCUCCAGAUAAUAUUAAGCAGUGGAAAUUCCCAGAUGGAAAUUUCAUUCAGAACCUGUCUGGUCACAAUGCUAUUAUCAACACACUGGCUGUAAAUUCCGAUGGUGUUCUGGUCUCAGGAGCUGACAAUGGUACAAUGCAUCUUUGGGACUGGAGAACUGGAUACAACUUCCAGAGAGUACAUGCAGCUGUGCAGCCAGGCUCUUUGGACAGUGAAUCAGGAAUAUUUGCAUGUGUGUUUGACCAGUCAGAAAGCAGACUGCUAACUGCUGAAGCUGAUAAGACCAUCAAAGUAUACAAAGAAGAUGAUACUGCGACUGAAGAAACUCAUCCUGUCAGCUGGAAGCCAGAAAUUAUCAAGAGAAAGCGAUUUUAGUGCAGCAGGAUACUUAUACUAUAAUUUUGUUUUGGCUUUCCUGAGAGCAUUCAGUCACAUUUUGCUCUGUCUAGAACAGCAGAGCAGGAAGUCAGCUAAGUCAUUGCUAUUUCAACAUGUUUUAUAAUAAAUCUUAUUUCUCUUC